AUGGAUGUGGAAAAAGAAUUUGUAAGGGAAAAAUGUGUAGAGGACAUGGAGAGACUGAAGUGGGCCCUCUCUUCAGGCAGAACCAUACAGACUCAACUCACCUACACUCCUCUCUACCCAAGAACAACCUCAACAACCAACACCAUGUGUGGCUACUACGGAAACUACUAUGGCAACAGGGGCUAUGGCUGCUGUGGCUAUGGAGGCUAUGGCUAUGGAGGCCUGGGCUGUGGCUAUGGUUCCUACUAUGGCUGUGGCUACCGUGGACUGGGCUGUGGCUACGGCUGUGGCUAUGGCUAUGGCUCACGCUCUCUGUGUGGCUGUGGUUAUGGAUAUGGAUCUGGCUUUGGAUCUGGAUUUGGCUACUACUAAUGAAGACACCAUGGGAGAAUUUCAACUUCUUCUAUUGUGAACUCAGAUAUCUCUGGUUCUGAACCCUAUGUACUCUGAGGGGUUCUCUUUCUUAGAAGAUCUUACAGCCCAAGUUUAUGAUGUGACCCUGUUGAAGCUGUGGCCUCAUUCAAUGCCCUUCGGAUGUAAGACCUGAGACUUUUACUUCUCUGCUUUUUAUUCCAAAUGAAAGGUGUUGGGAUCUUCUUCUAUGUACUUC